AUGGAUGCAUGGUGCACCUUUUCUAAUAUAACCUGGUUCACUAUGUAACUACAACACUUACACACUGCUAAUUUUCUUCCUUGACCCUGGUUCACGUGCACCAAGGAGAGCCUGACUAGCUCCGCCCCUGUAUCUUGAUACAACUGAUCCCGCCUCGUAGGGCAAAGCAACGGCGACUGUCAUCCGUUUCUCCUAUAAAGCUGCUGGCAAUUUUGGCAACUUGUGAUCACUGAGAUCUCUACGAUGUGAUGUGUGCACAUGAUUUUGAGUUAAGUACUCCAACAACCCUAACAGCAAUCGCUAACAAGGCGGCUAGGAGUAAACCGGAUCAGAUCAAUGGCGUCUCGUGCUUAAACCAAGGCGGGGUCCUGGUCUUCCCGGGUUGAUUGUAUCCAAAUAGUGCCAGCAGCACUCCAGGAGCCCUGACUCUCUGACUGUUCUGGCACAUGGGUCAACUCUGAAGUCCCCGAUCCCCGGAAGCCUCUGGUCAAUCAACAAUGGCGCCGCCGCCGGCGCCCCUCGGCGUCGCCGCCUCCGACCUCGACGACGAUGGCCACCCCCGCCGCACAGGGAACCUAUGGACGUGCGUGGCGCACAUAAUCACGGGCGUGAUCGGCGCCGGCGUGCUGGCGCUGUCGUGGAGCGUGGCGCAGCUGGGCUGGGUUGCCGGCCCGGCCGCCAUGCUCUGCUUCGCCGCCGUCACCUACGUAUCCGCGCUCCUCAUGUCCCACUGCUACAGGUCCCCGGCGCCCGGCCCGGACUCCCCGCCGGACUCGGAGAAGACGCGCCGCCGGAACUACACCUACAUGGACGCCGUGAGAUCCCACCUGGGCCCCAAGCACACGUACCUCUGCGGCUUCCUCCAGUACGUCUACCUCUACGGCAUCGGCAUCGCCUACACAAUCACCACUGCCACCUGCCUCGGCGCGAUCAAGAAGGCGAAUUGCUACCAUGCCCACGGCCGCGCCGCGGCGUGCGGCUCGGGCGAAGCAGAGCAGCACCUGUUCAUGCUGCUCUUCGGCGCGGCGCAGCUGCUGCUCUCCUUCAUCCCGGACUUCCACAGCAUGGCGUGGCUCUCCUCCGUGGCGGCGGCCAUGUCCUUCUUCUACGCCUCCAUCGGGCUCGGCCUGGGCCUGGCCAAGACCGUCGGCGACGGCGUGGUCAGGGGCAGCCUGGCGGGCGCGCCCAUGCCGACGCCGGCGCAGAAGGUGUGGCGCGUGGCGCAGGCCGUGGGCGACAUCGCGUUCGCGUACCCGUACACCAUGGUGCUCCUGGAGAUCCAGGACACGCUCCGGUCUUCGCCGGCGCUGGAGCGGGAAGGCGAGACGAUGCGCAAGGGGAAUGUCGUGGCAGUGCUCGUCACCACCUUCUUCUACCUCUGCGUCGGCUGCUUCGGCUACGCCGCCUUCGGGGACUCGGCGCCGGGCAACCUCCUCACGGGGUUCGGCUUCUACGAGCCCUUCUGGCUCAUCGACUUCGCCAACGCCUGCAUCGUUCUCCACAUCCUCGGCGGCUACCAGAUGUACAGCCAGCAGAUAUUCACGUUCGCGGACAAGUGGCUGGCAUCAAGGUUCCCAGACAGCGCGUUCGUGAACAGAGUCUACGCCAUCAGAGUCAUCCCAGGGCUGCCGGCGUACGGGCUGAACCUGCAGCGGGUGUGCUUCAGGACGGCGUACGUGGCGAGCACGACGGGGCUUGCAGUGGUGUUCCCUUACUUCAACGAGGUGCUGGGCUUGCUGGGCGCGCUCAUCUUCUGGCCGCUCGUCAUCUACCUCCCCGUGGAGAUGUACUGCGUGCAGCGCCGGAUCGCCGCCUGGACGACGAAAUGGGCCGUGCUGCAGGCCUUCAGUGGCGUGUGCUUCGCCGUUGGGACUUUCGCGUUUGUUGGGUCCGUGGAAGGCAUCGUCAGGAAGAAGCUAGGAUAGUGCGAAAAACGUAUGCGUAUUGUGUCAGCUUUUGUAUAUGGUUGUAGUUUCUGUUUUUGAGCGGCAACACGCCAAACACCGAGGAGCACAACCAAGCAAGUGUGUACUGUAUAGAAACUCUUUGUCUGCAACUA